AUGUACAGCUUCAUGGGCGGAGGGCUGUUCUGUGCAGGCGUGGGGAACAUCCUCCUGAUUGUUUCCACGGCAACCGAUUAUUGGAUUCAGUACCGGCACUCCAACAACUACAUGCAUCAGGGCCUGUGGCGGUACUGCAUGCCGGGGAAAUGCUUCACACACAAUGAAAGUAUUGCCCACAUGGAUGCCACCCGAGCACUCAUGAUCCUCUCCCUCUUGGCGUGUUUCAUGGGCAUCAUCAUCGGCAUCAUGGCCUUCAUCCACUACUCGUCCUUCGACAGGUUUGACAAAACCUUUGCUGCAGGCAUAUUGUUCUUCAUCUCAUGCUUUUUCGUGUUGCUAGCAAUGGCAGUAUACACUGGUGUGACGAUUAAUUACUAUGGUAAACGCUAUGGCAACUGGAGGUUCUCCUGGUCCUACAUCAUCGGCUGGGUGUCAGUGGUGCUAACCUUCUUUUCAGGUAUAUUCUAUAUGUGUGCCUAUCGGAUGCACGAAUGCCCCAGAAACUCAAACUCUCACUAG